AUGCAGGAAGAGGGGGCUGGAAGGGAGCAGACGAGCGUGAGGGAAAAGGGAGGAAGAGGAAAGAGAGAGGACGAGGAAGAGGAUGAGUACAUCACCAUAGGGGAUCCGGCAGGAGGCGAGUACUCCUGUGACUCGAGCAGCUCUUCGGAUCAUGGCUCCAACUAUAGUGACGAUGACAACGCGCUGAACAGACCGGUGGAACAGGAUGCCGUGGAGGGGCUCCGGCCGAUCUUCAUCAUUGAGGCAAGUCAAGGCCCCGUCAGAUGGUUCGAAGUCUCCAAGACGCCCUUCUAUGUCGGAACUUCUCCAAACAAUGAGGACCAGGUGGCUCUGACGGGUUCCGGCAACGAGCAGGUCGCAGACACGCACCUCAAGGUGGACUACCGGGCGGGAAGGCUGUGGAUCACAGAUGUCGGGAGCUACACCGGGACUUUCAUGGAUGGCAAUAGGAUCCCCGUCGGGAAAGUGCAAGCUAUCCAUGAAGACGAAGGCGUAACAAUAGGUGGAGUGAAGCUGACCAUCCGCAUCGAGAGAAGGGCGAUCACUAAGGCGAAGCGGUCCAAGAAAACCAAGGAGGGGAGAGAGCGGUUCGUCUCAGAUCUGCAGAACGCUGUCUUCAGGCGCAAGGUGGCUGAGGGCGGUGAGAAGCCGCAGCGCAAGCUCGGAGUCUUCUCGCAGCCCCAGCCCGAGCGUCCGCCGCUCCCGCUCCCGAUCAAGAUCCCGAGGCACAGAGAACUCAAGGUCAACAGCAAGGAAAGAGCCAGCAAGCCGCAGCAGGCGGAGCCGCAGCAGGAGCAUGGAUCGCAAUCGACGUUCAGCUCGCAGUCGCAGUCCCAGCAAGAAGAGUUUGCGCCCGAGCAGGAUGCGGGAGACGGCUAG